UCUCCUCACCUCUGCCUGGCCCUAGGACCCGCCUCUUUAGCUGGCCCCUGGAAGGUGACUCCAAUGAGCCCUGGGCCCAGGCCAGGGGAGGCCAGGCUGGCAGCUCAUUACCAUGGGAGGGAGGGCAGUUUCCCUCCACCGCCCACCUUCCCUUCUCCUCCCCUCCCCUUCUUCCCUGCCAGCUCCUUUCCUCCAGGGCCAGACAGAGCCCGGUUGAUCUCAGGUCCACACCAACAGACUCCACAGCGGCUCCAGGAGCCCAGAGCCGGCGGCAGGAAGGAAGCCCAGGAGCUGCCUGCAGCCAUGUCAGCCCUCAGCCUGGUCAUUCUGGGCCUGCUGGUGACAGUGCCACCUGCCAGCUGUCAACAAGGCCUGGGGAAACUUCAGCCCUGGAUGCAGGGCCUCAUCGCUGUGGCCGUGUUCCUGGUCCUCGUAGCAAUUGCCUUUGCUGUCAACCGCUUCUGGUGCCAGGAAGAGCCGGAGCCCAUGAACAUGGUCAUGACCGUCGGAAACAAGGCCGAUGGGGUCCUGGUGGGAACGGACGGAAGGUACUCCUCAAUGGCGGCCGGCUUCAGGUCCAGUGAGCAUGAGAAUGCCUACGAGAACGUUCCCGAGGAGGAGGGCAGGGUCCGCAGCACCCCGAUGUGAGAUGUGAACCUAGCUCAUGUGGCUCCUGCCCUGAGGCUCCCUGGCACCUGUGAUGGAUGCCCAAUGCCACCGCCCGAGCCUCUUCCUUCUCUGAGCAGGAAUCUACAAUAUGGGCCAACUCCCCCAUCCCCACAGCACUCCACUCUCCCCCGAACCAUCGCCAGCCGAAGCUGGAGCUCAGACUGCGUCCAGGUUGGGGCUUGGCUGCGGCCCCCGAGCCGUCCCGCCCGGUCAGCAGAGCCUUAUGAUGACAGUCAGCGCAGCACCUCUCAUCCUGCCUUUUGUGUCUUUCCCUGUAACUGUGGAAAUGGCCCUUAUUUCUGUGAAAUAAAGACUUUUUGUACUUCUGGGGCCAAGGCUCAGAAAUAGCCCCUCAGGCUUCCAGCGAGGCCCGAA